AUGCUUGCUUCUAUUUUCCACGCCAAUGGGAUCCUCAGGGAGCUUUACGGAAUACAACGGAAACCUCUGGAUGUACAGGUGGAAAUUGCGCGGAAAUACGGCGCCGAUCUAAUUCAGUGGAGGAGAGACAUUGGUGCAUUUAUCGACACGCCCAAUAUUGAGCUCCUUCAAGUGACCUACCAAAGGCAAUACACCGUUUUGAACUUUGCAUUCGCUCACGCACAAAUCCUCCUUUACAGGCCAUUUGUCCUAAGGAAUCUUGCAUCCGUUGGCAAGGGAACGGUCCAGGACAGUUCUCAUCUGCGCACCUUGAGUGAAGAGAACAUCAAAAAGUGCCUACAGGCUGCGACAAGAAUCUUGGAAAUAUUCCAAAUCCUUUGCAGAACAAGGCGCAUGUACAAAUCCUUUUUUUUCACUCACUACUAUGUUUUCAGCGCUAUUGUGGUUUUAUAUGUCUCGGUCAUUCAAAAUUGGAUGAACCUCGACUUUGAGCCUAUACAUAAUCUGCGGAUAGGAGAGGAGGCACAGAGAGAGCUCGCAAAAUGUGGCACACAGGCGUCUUUCCCUCAGCGAUACGUCGUCGUUUUGGAGGAAUUAAGACAAGAAGCAAAACGGAUCAUGAAUCAAACCAGAGGCCGACAAGAUCCGUCAAUUGUGACAUUGAAGGUGCAUGAACAACUUUCCGAACCAAGUUUUACGCCAUCUUCAGAGCCAUUCAAUCAGGUUGGGGCCACGUUUACGGCUCCCCUGUAUCACUCAAGCACGGGUGGAUGGGCGAACGAAGCAGUCGAAGAUACAACUCCUGACUCACACUUUGCUGAUGUGACUGGAUGGGGCGACUUCGAUUCUCUCGUGCUUACAGGGCUUGGGGAGCUCGGCCAUUUUUUUUCUGACAAUCACCUAGGAGCAUAG